GGCGGCGGUGGCGGCGCGGACCCUGCUCGGCCUCCCGGUCACUCUCGCCUCGCAUCUUCCCGCUUGUGUGUGAGUGCGUACGUGCGUGUUUUCCUAAAAGGACAUUUUACGAUCGAUCGAUUGAUUCGUAGUCCUCCCCCUUUGCCCUUUGUGCUGUAAAUCCCGCUCCCGCCACCCCAAGUGCUUCUCCCUCCCUCCCCACUCCAGCCUGUGUACGCCAGCGCGGGUCGCCGGUUUGUGCCUUCGGUCCCGCUUCGCGCCCUGCAGCCCCCUCUGUGUCCCCGCCUCGUCCCGGUGCUGCCCGGGGCUUUGCCUCCCAGCCUCCCAGCCGGCCGCCUCCGCCGAUCGCCCCGCCGCCCGCCAUGGCGACCGCGACCCCCAUGCCGCCACGGACAGGCAGCCGCGCCAGCGCUCCCGCCACGCCGCUGAGUCCCACGCGGCUGUCGAGGCUGCAGGAGAAGGAGGAGCUGCGCGAGCUCAACGACCGGCUGGCCGUGUACAUCGACAAGGUGCGCAGCCUGGAGACGGAGAACAGCGCGCUGCAGCUGCAGGUGACGGAGCGCGAGGAGGUGCGCGGCCGCGAGCUCACCGGCCUCAAGGCGCUCUACGAGACGGAGCUGGCCGACGCGCGACGCGCGCUCGACGACACGGCCCGCGAGCGUGCCAAGCUGCAGAUCGAGCUGGGCAAGUGCAAGGCAGAACACGACCAGCUGCUCCUCAAUUAUGCUAAGAAAGAAUCUGAUCUUAAUGGAGCCCAGAUCAAGCUUCGAGAGUAUGAAGCAGCACUGAAUUCCAAAGAUGCGGCUCUGGCUACUGCACUUGGUGACAAGAAAAGUUUAGAAGCAGAUUUGGAGGAUCUGAAGGACCAAAUUGCCCAGUUGGAAGCCUCCUUAGCUGCUGCCAAAAAACAGUUAGCAGAUGAAACUUUACUUAAAGUGGAUUUGGAGAAUCGUUGUCAGAGCCUUACUGAGGACUUGGAGUUUCGUAAAAAUAUGUAUGAAGAGGAGAUUAAUGAGACCAGAAAGAAGCAUGAAACACGUUUGGUAGAGGUGGAUUCUGGGCGUCAGAUUGAGUACGAGUACAAGCUGGCUCAAGCCCUUCAUGAGAUGAGAGAGCAACAUGAUGCCCAAGUGAGGCUGUACAAGGAAGAGCUUGAGCAGACUUACCAUGCCAAACUGGAGAAUGCCAGACUGUCCUCUGAGAUGAAUACUUCUACUGUCAACAGUGCCAGGGAAGAAUUGAUGGAAAGUCGUGUGAGAAUUGAGAGCCUUUCAUCUCAGCUUUCUCACCUACAGAAAGAGUCUAGAGCAUGCUUGGAAAGGAUUCAAGAGUUGGAGGACUUGCUUGCAAAAGAGAGAGACAAUUCUCGUCGCAUGCUGUCAGACAAAGAGAGAGAAAUGGCGGAAAUACGGGAUCAGAUGCAGCAACAGCUAAAUGAUUAUGAACAACUUCUUGAUGUAAAGUUAGCCCUGGACAUGGAAAUCAGUGCUUAUAGGAAACUCUUAGAAGGUGAAGAAGAAAGGUUGAAGCUCUCUCCAAGCCCUUCUUCCCGUGUGACAGUGUCCCGAGCAUCCUCAAGUCGCAGUGUGCGGACAACCAGAGGAAAGCGGAAGAGAGUUGAUGUGGAAGAAUCAGAAGCAAGCAGUAGUGUCAGCAUCUCUCAUUCUGCCUCAGCCACUGGGAAUGUUUGCAUUGAAGAGAUAGAUGUGGAUGGAAAAUUUAUCCGCUUGAAGAACACUUCUGAACAGGAUCAACCAAUGGGAGGCUGGGAGAUGAUCAGAAAAAUUGGAGACACAUCAGUCAGUUACAAAUAUACCUCAAGAUAUGUGCUGAAGGCAGGCCAGACCGUUACAAUUUGGGCUGCAAAUGCUGGUGUAACAGCCAGUCCUCCCACUGACCUCAUCUGGAAGAACCAGAACUCUUGGGGCACUGGCGAAGAUGUGAAAGUUAUAUUGAAAAAUUCUCAGGGAGAGGAGGUUGCUCAAAGAAGUACAGUCUUUAAAACAACCAUACCUGAAGAGGAAGAGGAGGAGGAAGCAUCAGCUGAAGUGGCUGUUGAGGAAGAACUUUUCCACCAGCAGGCAGUCCCAAGAGCAUCCAAUAGAAGCUGUGCAAUUAUGUGAACUUCUCAAGUCAACUGUCUUCCUCAGAAUAAAGGAGCAUGGUGAUCCUUACCCAUACACAGUGCAGAGCCUUCUCAGAAGCACAGAAUAUUUUUGUAUUUCCUUUAUGUGAAUUUUUAAGCUGCGAAUCUGAUGGCCUUAAUUUCUUUUUUCACACUGAAAGUUUUGUAAAAGAAAUCAUAUCCAUACACUUUGUGGCAAGAUGUGAAUUAUUGACACUGAACUGUGUACUGUUUGGAAAGGGUCCCUCAAAUUUUUUGACAAUUUUUUGUAUGUGUGUGUGUGUUUUUUUUUUUAAGUUCUUACGAGGAGGGGAGGGUAAAUAAACCACUGUUGUGUCUGUCUCAGUGUAAUUUGAAGAUUGCUCGAUCUAGAUUAGCAAUCUGCUCUUGAUUAUUCUCUGCUAUAUAUAACGGUGCUGUGAGGGAGGGGAAAAGCAUUUUUCAAUAUAUCAAACUUUUGUACUGAAUUUUUUUGUAAUAAGCAAUCAAGGUUACAAUUUUGUUUUAAAUAGAAAAGAGAAAUUUUGUAAGAAGGCAAUAUUAACCUAAUCAUCAU